GCUGUCAGAGUGCGUCAAUGUGCGUUUAGAGAAAACAUUUUUGUUUCCCGGCAAGCUUGUAUACGUUUGUAUGGCUCUUCGUUUGACCAGGGUAAGUGUUCUUUUUUUGAGAAUUCCCAGCUAAAUGCUGAAAACAGGACUGCUCUGGCUGUGGCCUCUAAGCCUGGACUGAGGCCCAGGGCUGUGCUAGGAGAGCUGGAAAAUAAUGGGGUUGUGACAGCACCAGCUCUGGUGAAGGAAACCGCCUCAAUUUUGCAUGUAUUAAAACCAGUCACCACUAAAAUGGUUUUGAGGAAAUCCAGCAUGAUUGAAAAUGCCCCUGGUGUGCAGGUGCCAAAGAGGACUGCAACCAAACAGACCAGUGAAGAGUGCUUACAGUUGCAGAUCCAGCAUUCUUCCCCAAUGGAGACAUCAGGCUGUGCACCUGAAGAUGACUUGUGCCAGGCCUUUUCAGAUGUGCUGCUGAAUAUCAAGGAUGUUGAUUCCGAUGAUGCUGAGGACCCAAUGCUCUGCAGUCAAUAUGUGAAGGACAUCUACAACUACCUAGGACAGCUUGAGGUAGUGCAAGCAGUUAGGCCAAAGUUCCUGGAGGGACAGGAAGUCACUGGGAAUAUGCGUGCUAUACUGAUUGACUGGCUAGUGCAGGUUCAGAUGAAAUUCAGACUGCUUCAGGAGACCAUGUAUAUGACUGUUGGAAUAAUUGAUCGCUUCCUUCAGGUUAAUCCAGUGCCCAAGAAGAUGCUGCAGCUUGUUGGUGUGACUGCCAUGUUUCUUGCCUCCAAAUAUGAAGAGAUGUAUCCUCCAGAGAUUGCAGACUUUGCUUUUAUUACUGACCACUCCUGCAGUACAGUGCAGAUCAGAGCUAUUGAAAUGAAGAUACUGAGGGUGCUCCAGUUUAGCUUUGGGUGUCCUAUUGCUCUGCAGUUUUUGCGGAGGGCUUCUAAGAUUGGAGAGGCAAAUGCUGAGCAGCACACCUUAGCCAAAUAUCUGAUGGAGCUGACUAUGGUGGAUUAUGACAUGGUGCACUAUCCCCCAUCCCAGAUAGCUGCAGCAGCAUUUGCCCUUGCCUUGAAGGUUCUUGACUUUGGUGAAUGGACACCCACUCUGCAGCAUUACAUGAACUACACAGAGCGUUCUCUGAUUCCUGUGAUGCAGCACAUAGCUAAAAAUGUUGUGAAGGUCAAUGAAGGACUCACCAAGUACAUGGCUGUUAAGAACAAGUAUGCUGGCCAGAAGCUAAUGAAGAUCAGCACAAUUCCACAGCUGCGGUCUGCUGUAAUCAAGAAUCUGGCUCAACCACUGUUGUCUUGCGACACUGUUUAACCUAUGCUAUUGUAAUCGUGUUUUUAAAACUAAAACAAAUUUUACUAUAUCUGCACUUGUGAAGAAAUAUUUAACAAAAAAAACCCAGUAGUUCUAGCUCAUUUUACUGGUUUCUUAUUUAAUUUUAUAAAAUUUUGGCUAUUACGAUUUUUAGUAUAGGUAAGGUAUUCAUGAAACUACAGCACUUGCUGCAAAAGUCAAACGGACUUUGUUUUAAUUGCAAUAUUAAGGCCAUAUAAGUUAUUGUAAUAUACCUUGUCUUUGUAAAUGAUGUACUUUUUAAAUUGUUUUUAAUAUAUAAAUAAACUUUGAAUUAAA